AUGGAAGAUUGGAACAUGCUGGCGGCAGACUGUGUUGUCAUAUCUUGUUGCUGCCAAUGCUUAAUCCUACAAAUGGUCGUCUUCGUCUUGCUCAAACUGCCAUACAAGUUGUUUCGGAAGACUAAAGAGUAUGCCAAGAAGAAGCUUAUGCUGCAUGGAAGGAGACAAGACAGAGGCACAGAGAGAGAAAUGAAGCCAUAUGAAGAUGAGUUCAGAGAAAUACAGGGAGGGCUAAGAAUUCAAGUAGAAGGAGGAUUCCCAGAAGAUGGAAGCCAGGGUUGUGGGUGUUGUAUGGAGGAAGUUGAGAGGGUGUUGGAGGAGUAUUCCCAAAGGGGAGAGUUUGCCUUUGGAAGCUUUUGGGCUAUGCCUAACAUAGCCAUUGUUGAUCUUCAUCCUGAUAACCACCUUGAUGCAUAA